ACGACCUAUUUCCCCACCGUAACUAUGGCAUAGUAAUAAAUGUACACAAAGUUUAAGCCUCGUCCCAAUUGUACACAUACAAACCAUAACAACGCCUUUCCACAUACGAGAAAAGAUCGAAACACGUUUCCCCACAAACCAAGAUUUAAGUUGGUUUUAAUGGUUUAUUACAUGAACCGAUAGUAAACCGGUUCGUAUUGGUACACUUCGAACCAGAUAAAGAUCCGAGUAAGAAGCGAUUUAAACCCGACCCGAAAACCCUUUAAAACCCCCAAAAUUGAGUUCAUGUCUUUAGAACCCUAAAACCUAAAAAUUCAGAGAGAGAUUCUGUUUGCCCAGACCCAGAAAGUAUGAGUCAUGAAUCGGGAAAUUCGAGUGGAGUCUCUACGGGUCGAGCAAGAGGUCGUGUUGUUGGUGUUCCGAAGAGAUGUUGGUGUGGAGAAUUAGUUAUCCCCUUGAUGUCAAAUUCGAAGCCAAAUCCUUACAGGAGAUACUUUCGUUGUGCUUUUGCGGCAGGAAAAGGCUGAGUAAUGAUAAUCACAGUUACAAAUGGGUUGAUGAGGCUUUGUUGGAUGAGGUUGAAGCAUUGUCGUUUAGGAUAGGGAGACUUGAACAGGGCAUGUUGACUGGUCGUGUGGAAGAAGAAAGGGAUGCCCAAAAAGAGAAGACAAAGUUUGAAGAGUUUGGAUUGAAGUUAGAGACCGAGAUUUCUGCAAGAAUGGAAGAUGUUGUGAAUGAAGUCAAAAGUAAGGUGAAGAAGGCGCUGGUGCUUGUUGUUUUAGGAUGUGUGGGGAUGGUUGUGUUGGCUAAGAUACUAUAAUUUUUCUCGGUUUGUUAUGUCUAAUGGUGGUAUGUUUAAGUGUCUAGUUUGUUUCUGUUGUGUCUGUUGUCUAAGAUGAUGAUUUAUUGUUGUGUCUGUUGUUUAAGAUGAUGAAAGAAGGAUGUUAUUUUAAGAUGAUUAUGCUGUUAAAUUGUGAGAAUCAAGAAUUCU